AUGGCAGAUGAUAAUCCUAAUGGAGAAAGGAGGGUUGUGAUACCCGACCCCCUCCCUCUCAACUCACACUUCACCCCCACGGCUUACACUGCACCAUCAUGUGUACGAUUACCCGCAAUCACGACUAACAACUAUGAGAUUAAGCCUGGUACACUCCAAAUGCUCCCUAAGUUUCAAAGGCAAUCUCAAGAGGAUCCAUAUCAACACAUCACUGAAUUUGAAGCCCUCAGUUCCACGCUUUUAAUUCAUAAUUUUCCGAUGGAUGCAUUGAGAUUGAUUCUGUUUCAAUUCACUUUGAUAGGGAAUGCCAAACAUUGGCUUAGUACUUUGCCAGCUAAUUCUAUAACAUCUUGGGCGCAAAUGAGUGCGGCAUUCCUUAAGAAAUUCUUCCCCAUAGGAAAAACACUCAGACUUCGGCAGGAGAUUACCACUUUUCAACAAGCUGAGAAUGAACAGUUCUAUAAGGCUUGGGAAAGAUAUGGGGAUCUCAUUCGUAAGUGUCCACACCAUGACAUACCUAAGUGGCAAUUAGUACAGAGUUUUUAUUCCGAGCUGCAUCUGCAGCAUCGUGUGAUGGUUGAUGCCUCAUGUGGAGGCUCUGUGAUGGUUAAGAAUGAAGAGGAUGCCUGGCAGUUGUUUGAAACUAUGAGCGAAGGGUCCUUGCAAAAUGUUUCUUUUGAGAGGAGAACUAAGUCAGUCAUUACUAGUUCUGAUAAGCCACGAGGUAUGCUCGAGAUUAAACCAUCUCAUGACCUCCAGUCUAAAGUAGAUGCACUGACUGAGAAAGUUGAACAAUUUCUCACCAAGGGAUCGGCCACCUCACAGCCUCCACCUUAUCAGGAGGUUAACGUUGCACAAGGGUAUGCCAAUGCGCAGGGUUUCUCCAAACCAGGUAAUGAUCCUUUUUCCACUACUUAUAACCAGGGAUGGAGCAAACAUCCCAAUUUCUCAUGGAAGACGGAACACCAGGGGGCGCACCAACACACAGUCCAUCGCAAGGUUAGAGACCAAGUGGGUCAAAUAGCCAAUGCACUCAAUCGUAGGGAAGAAGGUAGGUUGCCCAGUCAGCCUGUCCAACCCCCUGGAGAACAGUUUGUGAUUCAUGACCCGCCUCCUGCUGAUGCUAAGGUAAUCAUGAGUUUGCGCAAUAAGAGAGAGGUCGAAACCCGACCAGAGAAAGCGAAACCGAAGGAGCAUUUGGCUCCCUCCGACCCAGAUAACUUUGGGGAUGAGAGUUCACAGAGUAAAAAGGGAACCCUUCCAGUCACACCCUCACCAUCCACCUCCACUUCAAGGGGCUCUAAGGUAUCACCCUAUGUGCCUAAAGCCCCAUUCCCACACUGUCUCAAUGCCCCAUCUCCUUUCCUCAAGAAGGGUGUGGCUAUGGAGGAUAUUCUUGAGGUUUUUAAGCAAGUGAAAGUAAACAUUCCUCUCCUAGAUGUGAUCAAACAAGUCCCCACUUAUGCUAAGUUUUUGAAGGACCUCUGUACUCAAAAGAGGAAAUGUAAAACCAAUGUAUCGAAAAAGGUCCUUCUCACCGAGCAAGUGAGCUCAGUGUUCCAAUCAAUUGCUCCCCCUAAGUUAUAA